ACUCGAUGAUUUCCGGUAUCGACUCUUGUGGUCUGGAUUUGUCCAGCUGCAGCAAUGGCCGGAGUGGAGGCAGGAGUCACCGAAAAUGCUUCGAAAGACAACAGCGAGUCGGUCGUGGGAUACGAAAAGAAGUGUAUCUUCUGCAGGAUCGUAAACAGAGAAAUGGGGACAGAGCUGCUUUACAGCGAUGAAGAGAUCUCGUGUUUCAGAGACAUUAAACCUGGAGCUCCACAUCAUUACCUGGUUGUACCAACUCAGCACGUGGGAAACUGCAAAUCACUGAGUAAAGAGCACGUGCCUUUAGUGAACCGGCUGGUGGACGUAGGGAAGGAGAUCCUUCAGAAAAACAACGUGAUGGAUCUCUCUGAUGUCAGGUUUGGGUUUCACUGGCCACCAUUCUGCUCGGUGACACACCUGCACCUUCACGUCCUGGCACCGGCCAGUCAAAUGGGCUUCAUGUCUCGGCUCAUCUUCAGACUAAACUCCUACUGGUUCAUCACCGCGGACCAGCUGAUUGAAAUCCUCUCAUCAAAAGGAGACACUAGAUGAUGGCUUGGAUCACAUUACUCCUCCUCCAUUUGUGAUUUUCUUAUAAUAAUCUGUUUUAUUUUUUUUUAUUAGCUAAUGAAAAUACUGGCACUUUGAAAGAUUUAAAUUGAAUAAAUGUCUUUAAACUGUUUGUUGUAUGUUUUCAAACCAAUAGGAUUAAAAUGAAUUAUUAAUAUUUAACAAAAAA